AUGCCUGUCACAACCUUUGAUCUCAAGGAGAAGUACAAAUAUCAGAAUGGCUUCAACUGCUAUUUAGAAUCUGAAGCUGUUGAUGGUGCUUUGCCCAUCGGACACAAUUCGCCUCAGAAGCCACCAUACGGUCUCUACGCCGAGAAACUCUCCGGAACUGCCUUUACUGCACCGCGACAUGAGAAUAAGCAGACAUGGCUAUACCGCGUUCUACCAUCCUGCGCGCAUCCUCCUUACCAAGAGGACACAAAGUCAACAGGCGACACUAACAAGACUCUCGACGGCGCUGAGGAUGGAAAAUUGCACUACAUUCCUAACCAGCUCCGUUGGGAUCCCUUUGACCACAAUGAAUCAAAGAAUCUAGACUUUGUCACUGGCCUGAGGCUCGUUGCUGGUGCUGGAGAUCCUACACUCAAGGAAGGACUGGGUAUGUAUAUCUAUGCCGCUGGGAAGAGCAUGGAUGAGAAAUCAGCAUUCUACUCUGCCGACGGUGAUCUUCUCAUCGUCGCACAAGAGGGCGCUCUUGAUAUCCGCACCGAGUUUGGUUGGCUUCUUGUUCGACCUAUGGAAAUCGCUGUCAUCCCCCGCGGUGUCAAGUAUCAAGUCCAUCUUCCCUCUGGCCCAGCCCGUGGAUAUGCUCUUGAGCUUUAUCAAGGCCACUUCAACCUCCCUGAGCUUGGCCCAAUUGGUUCACACGGCCUUGCCAAUGCUCGUGACUUCCAGUCUCCUGUUGCUUGCUUUUCUGAAGACUUUGGAGCUACUGCUUCUGAGGGGUCUAGCAAGUAUACUGUUUCUGUCAAGUUCAACAAUAACCUCUUCAAGACUGUGCAAGCUCACACUCCCUUCGAUGUGGUGGCUUGGCAUGGAAACUACUAUCCUUACAAGUACGACCUAGGACGGUUCAACACCAUCGGCACUAUCUCCUUCGAUCAUCCUGACCCAUCUAUCUUCACCGUUCUCUCAGCACCAACCAACACCCCAGGUACAGCCGUAGCUGACUUUGUAAUUUUCCCACCACGCUGGCUCGUUGGUGAAGAUACGUUCAGACCACCGUGGUAUCACCGAAACACGAUGAGCGAGUUCAUGGGUCUGAUCCAAGGUGGCUACGAUGCUAAGAAGGGCGGCGCAGGUGGUUUUGUCCCCGGUGGUGCAAGUCUUCACAACGUCAUGAGCGGUCACGGCCCUGACGCAGAGAGCACAGAGGGUGCCAGGAACGCAGAACUCAAGCCCGCCAAGGUUGGAACAGGAAGUUGUGCAUUUAUGUUUGAGAGUUGCUUGAUGGUUGGUGUUACACAAUGGGGAUUGAAGACAUGUCAAAAGGUCCAGGAGGGAUAUAACGAGGAGAGUUGGGGUGGUGUUGUUAAUCAUUGGAAGAUGCCCGAGGGACUCAAGGUGAAGCCUCAUACCCUGUAA